AUGGAGCAGCAGGCAGCAGCGCACGAGCGCAAGCUGGAGGAGCUGGAGCUGCCUACGCUGGACCUCGACCACGAGUCCUCCAGCCGUUUCACGGAGCAGCUGGCGGCGGCGUGCCGGGACCACGGCGUGUUCCGGCUGGUCAACCACGGCGUCCCCGCCGACCUCACCGCCCGCCUCUUCCGCCUCACGCGCGACCUCCUCGACACGGACCCGGCGGAGAAGCCCAAGCUGCCCGGCUACUUCUGGGGCACGCCGGCGCUCUCGCUCCGCGUCAAGGACCUCAACUGGGUCGAGGGCCUCCACCUCGCCCCCGACAACGCUUCUGCCGAUUCUCCCGACGACGGCGGCGCCUACUCGGCCUUCAGGGCGGCGGUGACGGCGGAGUACGUGGCGCACAUGGCGCGCAUCGCCCGGAAGCUGUUCGACGCCCUGGCCGGCGACCUCGCUCUCGCUCUCGACGCGGAGCAGAGGGCGUCGUACCUGGAGGAGCGCGGCGGCACCUUCCGCGCGUACCGCUACCCGCCGUGCGACCCCGCCGCCGGGCAGCGGCACCUGGGGAUGGAGCCGCACACGGACAGCUCCGUGCUCUCCAUCCUCAACAUGGACCUCGUCGGCGGCCUGCAGGUGCUCGUCCGCGGCGGGCCAGCCUCGCGGUGGUGCGCGGUGCGGCCGGUGGAGGGGGCGCUGGUGGUGAACCUGGGCGACAUGAUGCAGGCGAUGAGUGGCGGCGCGUACCGGAGCGUGGAGCACAGGGUGGUGGCGCCGCCGCCCGGGACCGAGCGCAUGUCGCUCUGCUACUUCGCGUUCCCGCAGGAGGACGCCGUCAUCGUCCCCAGCAGCAACCCCGGCAGGGAGGAGAGGUACAGGCCGUUCAGCUACCGGGAGUUCCGGGAACAGGUGCAGGCCGACAUCAAGGCCACCGGCGCCAAGGUCGGGCUCGCCCGGUUCCGCAUCCCCGAGCAUCCAUCGCCGGCUACACAGUGA